GCCUUUUUUCCUCAUUCAAAUUUUCCAUUGCCGACUAUAAAUACCCCUCUCUCUUUCUCUUCUUUAAUUCACACACAAAUUUCACAACAAUUUCGCGUUUCAUUUCUCAAUUUAUUCAAAAAACUUUUCUCAGCAAGAAGAUGGUAGAUUUAGAUUGGAAAGCGAAGAUGGUCUCCUCUGAUAUGCCAAACAAGUCACCGAAACUCUCCACCAACAAGCUUAAUAUCUCUGUUCCGGUCUCUCUUCGCACCGUACAAGCAGACAUCUCGACGGCGUCGGCUCCGGCAUGUUCGGCGUACGAGCACUAUCUCCGGCUGCCGGAGUUGAGAGCUCUAUGGAGCUCUAAGGAAUUUCCGGGCUGGAAAAAUGAAGCGAUUUUAAAACCGGCCGUUAUGGCGUUGGAGAUCACGUUUCGGUUUCUCUCGACGGCGUUAUCGGACCCGAGGCCGUACGCUAACCGCAGAGAGUGGAAGCGACGGCUCGAAGCGCUAACGAAGAAUGAGAUCGAGGUGAUCGCGAUGCUCUGCGAGGACGAGGAGGAAGACGGCGAGACGCGAGGAACGGCGCCGAUCGCAGAUUUGAGCUCGACGAGCGGCGUCCUGGCGAGGGACGGGAGCUCCGCCGAGGUCUGGAAGAUUCCCGGCGAGACCGCGCCGGUAGUGAGCCGCACAAGCGAGGCGAGCCUCCUACCUCGGCUCGCAACGUGGCAGAGAUCGGAGGACGUCGCGCAGAAUAUCCUCUACUCAUUCGAGUGCGAGAUGCGGCGGUGUCCGUACACCCUAGGCCUCGGCGAGCCGAACCUCGCCGGCAAGCCGACGCUGGAGUACGACCUCGUCUGCAAGCCGAGCGACCUCCAUUCUCUGAAGCGGAGCCCGUACGAUCACGUCGAGAGCUACGAGAAUCAGACGGUGUACACCACGCACCAGGUUCUGGAAUCGUGGAUCCGAGUGGCGGAUGAACUCCUCCGGCGAGCUGCCGACCGGAUCGAAAUCAGAAACUUCGAGAAGGCCGCGAGCGACUGUUACCUAAUCGAGCGGAUCUGGAAGCUUCUGGCAGAGAUCGAAGAUCUCCACCUCCUGAUGGAUCCGGACGACUUCUUACGGCUCAAGAACCAACUACACAUCAAAUCCAUGGAUGAUUCGGAAACUUUCUGUUUCCGAUCGAAAGGCCUCGUCGAGAUCGCGAAGAAUUGCAAGGAUCUGAGGCACAAGGUUCCGUACAUCCUCGGCGUGGAGGUGGACCCCAAGGGUGGGCCCAGGAUCCAAGAGGCGGUGAUGAAGCUGUACUCGGAGAAGUCGGAGUUCGAGAAGAUUCAUCUUCUUCAGGCGUUGCAGGCGAUCGAGUCGGCGCUGAAGAGGUUCUUCUACGCCUACAAACAGGUGCUCGUGGUCACCAUGGGAAGCUUGGAUGCAAGAGGGAACCGCGUCGUGGCGAGUCCCGACUCCUGCGACUCGCUGAGUCAGAUCUUUCUGGAACCAACUUACUUUCCGAGUCUGGACGCGGCGAAGACGUUUCUUGGAAACGGCAUGAACCAUGAAUACGGCGGCGGAGAGGGACGAACUCGGAGGAAAUUGUGAGGUUUGACUGGGGGUUGACUCGGUUGACCCGCGUUGUUUGGAAGGAUUUUUACGAGGGUGCAAUUUUGGAAUUUGGGGGCUUUCAGAUUCACGGUUUUCACAACAUAACACUUUUUUUUUUUUUUU